AUGGCCAUGAGUUCAUGUGGCACCUAUGAAGGUACAGGCAAUUUGUUUUGGGUGAACCUUAAGUGGAGCGCCACUCCCAAAGUGCCUGUGAACGAGAAGGGGGUCGACAACUUCAGGCAGCAGCACUUCUCUUCACCGAAACGAUGGAUCAAGCAGCCGAUGAUCAUUGCUGUGGAAGAGAGCAUGACCUUGCAUUUUGGAAACUUGACCCGAGUGACACCAGAAGAAGCUGAUCACGCUUUGCUGCUGGCUGUGUCAGGGGCCAUUGAUGCCGGUGAGGAUGAACAGGUUUUGAGGCAGUGGCGCGCUGUGCUGCUCACAGUGCCAAUGAUCUUUGAGAUCCUGCCCACGAAUGACCAGAAGUUCUUCAGGGUCAAUCUCCGGAAUGAAAUCAUCACAGACUUUGAUUCUUUGGCCCGAAACACCGCGCAGCGGAUCUAUGAGCUGAUGAGCUUCAAGCACGCCAAGGAAACGACCAUGAAGAGAAAGCUUGAAGUUCCUGAACUAUACACCAUGUGGUCUGAACAGGUCACUGAAUCGAAGGCCAAAAUUGCUGAGUUGGAAAAGGUGACAGAAUCCUUCUGCAGAGACGCAGUCACCAUCUACGAACGCCUCCUGAAUGUGCCAGAGCUGCGGGCACGCUGCUUGGCCUUGGAUUCCGCUUAUGGCAAGGCGUCCCCCUUGAACUCGAGCACCAACAUGAAAGAGUUGGUGAAGAUUGGGAAGACACCAGUUCUCAUUGAGUGGAUGAUUUGCACAAUGCACGAUCUCCUGGAAACGGACCAAUGCACCUGGCGUGACUUCGGAACACGGGCUUUAGCUACUAACAAAGGCAAGAAAGGCUUGUACGAACUGUGGGUGCUGAAGUAUGAGCUGAAGCAGCACUUGCUGGGCAAGUUCCUCGACCUAUUGAAGUUGCCUGGGAAGGAGAGCGAAUAUUUAAGAGACGCCCUUCUCAGCCACGACCAGUUUCGCGAGAAGACGCGAGACCGCUCCUGGCAAGGCACUCUCAGUGAAACUGGCCGCCUGCUCUUCAACUUGGUUCAGGCCCUGGUCUAUCAGCAGCAGCACGACGGCUCCCUGAGAACUUCCUUGAAGGGCACGAGCGACGUUGCCGAGGUUGUAGCCACCAACCCGAUCCUCACUGCCAGCUUGGAUGAAAUCAAGGUCUCCCUGAGCGAGUUGUUGGGCGAGAAGUGGGCUGAUGUGUCCGCUGAAGAUUCCACAUCGCUGGAGGAUUGGAGAGAGUACGUCGCCCAAAUGACGGAACAGUUCGUUACCUUCACCAUCGACGACAACAGUUUGAGAACAAGUGAGUUUGGGGACAAAUUGACCUCAACCGUGCUCCCGAAAGUGGAUGGUCCUGUGCUGGCUAUCUACGAUGUCAAGACAUCUGGCGAGUCCUCCUCGAACCCGAAUGUCCGGCAGCCGCCAUUGAGAGCAAACCACCUGAAGCGCUCUCUUCAAGCCUUUGCACAAUGCCGGCAGAAGCCUGGAGAAGAGGGUGAGUUGCGAGAAGGUGACUUCUUUUUCAUUUUUGAUGGCGGCAAGUCCGGCAACGAGAUGGCCAUCAACAACGCCUUCCUGAAGAUGGAUGGGUCGCACAUGGAGAAGCAGAAGACGACCUACACCCUGCUGACUGAUGAGGAGUCUCUCAAGGACCGCCGCGAGCGGACGAGGGGCUUUGUGCAGCAGGAUGAGCGAAUCUACGUCAUGUCGCGGUUGCCCUUGAACAUGCCCAAGGUGACCCGCAAGUUCUUCCCAGGAAGCAACUAUGGAUCUUGUCUGGGCCCAGUGAAGGCACCUGCCUACUUAGACCCGUGUUGCUGGAGGCUCACCUUGGAAGAGAAGGGUCAGUUGUACGGCCGAGACGGGAAGAUACUGGUCGGUGGACCUUGCGAAGAGCCCUCGCCGAAACCGCCCAGCGAGGACUCGAGAGAGCCCGUCUCAUGGCACUUCAUGAACCCGAAGAUCUUCGGCGAGCUCCUCCACAGCUUCAAGCCGAAGGCUGUUGUGAAGUUCACGGACAUAGACCACAACUGUGCCAUCGAGUGCCUGAAAGCCAGAGUUCCCUUGGUAUCGUGCUGCUUCACCGCUGCUCACGCUUCUUUGCUGAAGAAGAAGGUCAUCUGCGAGUUGUGGAAAGCCCUGUGCGAUGAAAGCAUUCCAGAGCUCUAUGACGUUGGCCUGGCGCAGCUGGUCACGAAGAAGGCUGCUGAUGCCAACGUUGCUGCCGGUGGGAAGAAGCGCAGCGGCCCGGAAGCAUCUGGCCAGGAGAGUGCAGGAAAGGGCCCAGGAAACAAAGAUAGCAAAGGAGGAGCAGCUGGCGAACCUGCCAAUCCCAAAAAGCCGCGCACUGGAGGGCGCCCGUCUGGAGUCAACGCAGAAGCGGCUGAGAAGGCGCGAGCGCUGCUGCUCAACAAACUGAUGGGCAAGACUGAUGGCAGCGCCCCCACUACCGGCUGA